CAACCCUUACUGGACAACCUACGUAUUAUACGAGAAUCAGACGCGUCCACUUUUCCCUGUUUGGUGGACUGGGACAUAUUUCAUUGCUUCCUAGACCGUCAUACGGCAAAGUCCUCCUCUUGACUUUCUAUUGUAAAGGUCACACCGAUUAUCAUGACCCGUUCAUCGAUGGAUUGAGAAGUGAGUGUCCCGCAGUGCUGCAAUGGCAGAAGGAGGAGGUGCCCCGCGUAACCCUAAAUCCUUAGGGGAGAUGAAUAUUCUAGUACACAACUUUCUCCAGAGCCUAUGGGGGAAGGCGACGAAGGACCUUGUCACCGCUGUUGAGGAAGGGGACGAAGUAGGACUCCGGGAGGCCAUCACCAGAGGAGGCAACCUCCAUGCCAAGGUUCCCGCAAAUAGAGGUGUAUCUAUGUGUAUGAUGGCCGUGGCUGCCGGCAAUGGACAUGGCCAUCUCCUGCAAUGCCUGGCGGAGGCCGGGCUCAACUUGGAGGGCAGCGGCUCCGACGACUGCACACCACUGAUUCAUGCUGCUCUGGAGGGCCAUUGCAGGACAGUAAAGGUGCUCCUGUCCCUUGGUGCCAAUCCCCAGGCGAAGAGCAAUGAAGGAUAUACAGCCCUUCACGUUGCUGCCAUGUGGGGCCACGUUCAGUGUGUGGUGGUCCUGGCGCAAGUCACCCAGCGCCCUCGCGAGGGGGAGAGAGCAGUCAGCCCGGUGCACCUGGCUGGGUACGGUGGCCACGUUAAAGUGAUGCAGGUGCUGGCAAGUGCUGGAUGGUCCCUCAACACCAAGCAUGAGAGUGGGUGGACGGCAAUGCACCAAGCGGUUUUGGGCGGACACCUUGAUAUGGUCAAGUUCUUGGUAGAGAAUGGCGAGGACCCACUCGUGAAGGCCGAUAACGGUCUUUCGCCCCUGGAACUCGCCGUGAUCCAUGGCCGACACGCUGUGGAGGAGUGGACAAGGAAACAGAGAGGAGCGGUGCUCUUGGAUAUCACCACCUGCCUUCGCCUACUGAGAAUGCGGAUGAACUGGAAUGAAGACAGACACCGAUACAUCAUGUCGUGGAUGGCAGCAGGGAACAUUGCGAUGGUGUUGUCAAAUAUUCCUGAGCACGCCGACGGCCAUGUAAUGGACAAAGCUGGCUGGACGCCUUUGCACCGAGCAGCGCAGCGAGGACUGUCCUGCAGGAGUGUUUGCGCGCUGUUAGACCAAGGGAUAAACCCUCACGUGCUAACCCCAGAAGGUAUGACGGCAACUGACCUGGCACGUCGCGGCGGCCACAUGGAAUUGCUGGACGAGCUCAGCAAACACAGCUGUUGCAAGGAUGACUCACCCUCCAUGACACUCUACCAUGAGGUGCUCGCCAUCAUUAGUCAAGGGGACGACGUGCAAGCAGUAUCCAGCCUCCUGUGUCAGGGUGCUCCCCUCGAGUCUGUGAGUGGAGGCUCUCAGUCGCCCCUCAAAUUAGCUGUUGUAACUAAUCGGUGCCAGAUCGUCACUCUGUUGCUGGCAAGUGGAGCAGUGCUCCCGGCGGGCUUAUUGCUGGAAGCCUGGCAAAGCCCCGACGUGACCUCCGGCGUUCUGGCCGCCCUAACCACGGCCUACUGCACGAGGUUGGAGAUUGAACGGACUCGCCUGGAAGGAAACGACAGUCUUAUCAAGGGCAUCAAAUUUCUGCUCAGAGUCAUACGAGGAGACACGCCGUGGACAGCCGCCUGGCGAUGGAACAAAGGUGCCAGCUACGCAGACAUUACGCUGCUCAUGUCCGCGGCCUCAAAAUCCAACUGUCCCGUGACGGCGUCCUUCCUCCAGAGGGCGAGGGCGUGGCCUUUUUACAGUGCUGCGGAGUGUGACAGCCCCCUGCACGCUGCGUUAGACGCACAGCAGUGGACAAUGGCUGAAAUACUCGUCAGAAACCUUGGUGCCUGCCCCUACGUGUCUGACAAAAGAAAACGUCUGUCAACGGAUCUUAUGCCCACAGAGACUAGAAAACAGUUGGAACAAGGGCUGUUCGAGAGGGAGUUGGCACAGCUGGAGUCGUUGGAGAUCCGCGAGAAGGCUGUGAGCGGAAAGGAGACAGUGCGUCAAGUGAUUGAGCUUCAAAGGUUUCUCUUCUGCCAAUAUACGAAUGGCGGAGCACACUCUAGGCUUUACCCAGCUCUGGGCCGCACAGCCCUCCUGCUUGCCUCCCGUAAAGGCUUUAUGCAGCUUACUUAUAUGCUGCUUCAUGUUGGCAACGUGCCUGUAGAUGACGUGAUUGACGACGUGUGCGGCACCACCGCCCUCCACCAGGCAGCCUCUCACGGCAAGGACAUAUGCGUGGCCGUGAUGCUGGACGCGGGGGCAGAUCCACUGCGUAGCGACAGGUACGGCCAGACGCCCUGCCUGUUGGCCGCAAUGUUUGGCCACAAGAGCACCCACCGCCUCCUUGAAGUGCAUGGGUCGCGGGACCCCCCUUGCCGCGCAGGAACAAAUGCUUCUCAAGUGAGACGUAACUUCAAUACAUACCUUAAAUGCUACAGCAAAUUCGGAAGUGAAGGCCAGAGAACCCUGACACCUUUCGACCACCACGACCAAGAAAGUGUGCUCAAAAAGCUCCUCCAAGCUAUACCUCCGAGAAGACUGCAACAGGAGGCUGAAGCAUUUGCUGUAGAUUUUUCGGAAGGAGAGGCUAAAAACGUGCAGGAAAGUGUAAUGAAGGAACUGCAUGCCAUAAUAGAAAGAAUGGGAACCGCCAAUGCCAACUAUAAAGGUGAUCUCAGGAUAGUGGGAAGUGCCCAAGACAAUUCCAAACUCUUUGCUCCCGAUGAAUUUGAUGUGAAUCUCGUUCUUUCGCCUGAAAGAGUGAAUGUAAAACUGGAGAAAGGACACAAAAAGGAGAUGUUUUCUGAAACGAAGCAAGAAGAGCUGAUAAAAGUCUCUGUAGAGAGCAAAGAUAUUUGCAUUGAAAAUAACUGCCUGAUUGAAGGGCUCUUCGAAGCAGUUAAAAGUUCUCUUGUCAGUCACGUACUUCACGAUGCGAGGCUGAGCCUGGUGCCACCCGGCCUUACAAGAACACAAGUCGGUGUGGCUCUUGCUUUGGCCUGGCAGGGAGAGCUGAGCCAGGAAGAGACGGACAAAAAAGAGGAAAACGAAGACCUUGAGGAGGGAGAGGAAAAUGUCGAGGGAGCGAAAAAUUCACAUCAUAGACCCAAGAAGUAUCCCUUGUUACUGGUUGGCGUAGAUCUAGUGCCGGUGGUGAAGGUGCCGUGGCUGGAUGAGGUAAAACAACCGCGUCUCACUCCCCAAGGUGCCACCCACAUGUACCUCAGCAACACGGACAAUGGCUCCUGGCGCUGCAGCUUUGCCCAGACCGAGGCGUCCGUGCUCAGGAACAUGGGAGGUAUGGAUCACCUGGUUGCUCUGGGACACCUUGUGCAACUAAUGGGAAAGCUACUUCUGUCCUUUCUGAAGGCCGAGCCCUGGAUGCCAAAACACAGAAAGACCUUCUGUACCUGGUUUGUAAUGAGGGCAUGGGGGAUCUCUCUGCCCAGCGGGUUUUGUUUAAAAAACGCCUUGUUAAGGUGGCUGGACGAGGAAUUGAGACAGUUAGAUAAUAAACAACGAGAGGAUGGAGGCGAUCAGAGUAAAGAGGAAAAGCACAAUGAAGCUUUAAAAAGAGAAAGCGAAAACGACCCAGUGAAGGUGCUGUUACAGCUCUUCAGGAGCAUGUGCGACGUCCCGACAGACAAGAGAGGACGACUCAAGGCCCGGAAUACUCCUGCGUACUUUGGAGGCGAGUGUGAAAGCCCCAAGCAAGGAUUUGGAGCCCCCAUCAUUGUGCAGUAUUUGGAAGAAUGUUUGGAGGAGGAGGAACGCCAAGGUAGAGUAGGACUGAUAGAGACCUAAGUGGAUGGCUGACGGUAGAAAAAGAGUUCAGUAUUUUUCAGAAGCAAAAUAAAUAAAAUAGAGGAAAAAAGUUAGAAUGUAAUAGAGCAGUGUUUCUUAAAGUUCUUCAGCCCCGAUACCCCAAAGUUCAACUCCAACUCAACCUGAUGCCCUCUCUCCAACAUUAGCCUAGUUACUCCCAACUUUUAACUUUUAAUUUCCUGAAAAAAAAGAGAAAACAUGACGGCUAUGAACAAACAGCUGAAUUCUAUGGAGUUAAUCAUACUCACCAUUCAUUGCACGAAAUUAUUAAUUUAAUAUUUUCCAGGAUUCCUUUUUGGAUACCCCCAAGAACCGGUUUCGAUAAACCCUGGGGUUAUUGAGGCACUACUAUAAGAACACCUGUAACAGAGGAUAAAUGAGGGAAAGACGUUGAGAGAUAGCAUGAGAUAGUAAACAGAAGGGAGGGAUAAAACUUUGAAAGAAUAAUGCAUAAUCGGAGAGCAUUGAGACAGAAAGGCUUAACUAUGUUUUUAAUAUUGUAUACCCAAAAAGAUACAAGAAAACAAAUAGUCGAGAAAAAACAGUUUGGUUUAUGCUGUGUAAUAUAAUAAGUUGGAAGUAGCUACGAGGGCCCCGGGGCACCCCGGGUCAAGCAUAGGAUUACUGACACCAGCCUCCUGCAAGGGCUGAACGAAACGUUUGAAGUCACAGUUUGCUGCCUGCAAUGUAAUAAUAUACACGGAUUGUCCUUUUUGGAAUUAUAUGAUAAAAUCACU